AUGGAGUUUAAAGACAGGAUAGAUGACAUCAGUAUAAGACAUAGAGAUGACUCGAAAGAACCAUUUGAACCAUUGGUGGUCAUGCAGUUUUCUUCUAAAACAAAUCAAGCUGCUGUUACCUGGAUGAUUGCCAAAUUGCAGGCUUCAAAACAGAAUGGUGGUGCUAAUUUACAAGUUCGCACUAUGGUUAUGCCACAUAAUAGUGAAACAGUAUUAUAUAUUGGUGCCAGUAGUCACAGAUUGAUUUUAGCAGGAGAGUUAUUAGAGAUUAAAAAACUAACAUUAGAUGGACAUUAUAAAGAAAUAUCAAUUCAUGAUUUACAAUCAUUUCAAGGAUCAGGUAAUGAUCCAAAAACAUUUUUCAACAACAGUGAGAAACAAAAGAUUAUAAAACAUGAAAUAGAGGGUAUCCGGGCUCAGGCUAUGGAUAGUAAUAUACCAGGCUAUGAGAAAAUCAGGUUAUAUCCUGGCAAAUCUAUUAUCAAGAAAUAUUUAAGUCGUGGAUUAGUAUUACAACUGUAUCCUUUACAUGAUGAAGAAGAAAUAAAGAGACUAGGGGAUGAAUGGUAUAACUAUAAAAAAGUAUUUAAUCCUCAACCCAUAGAUAAAAUACGCAAUUAUUUUGGGGAGAAAAUUGCAGUUUAUUUUGCAUUUCUUGGUGUUUAUACAAUAGCAUUGAUACCACCAGCUUUGAUUGGUAUAAUAUAUUUAAUUACGGCCUGGAAGAGUGUAUACAGAGAAGCUAUAUUUGCCAUAUUUAAUCUGAUCUGGUCAACUUUGUUAUUAGAGGGCUGGAAACGCUACUGUUCUGAAAUCAGUUUUAAAUGGGGAACAUUAGAAAAUGUAGGAACAUCAUUUGAAGAACCAAGAGCUAAUUAUCGUGGUGAAUUGGGACGGAAUAUAGUAACUGGUAAUCCAGAACCUGUUUAUCCUAAAUGGAAGAGAUUAGCUAAAUUUUAUUUUGUAACUGUACCAGUUAUAAGUUUAUGUUUAUGUGCCGCGUUCUUUGUGAUGUUGUUAUAUUUUUGGAUGCAGGCUUGGGCUGAUAAAGCCUAUAUAGAUAGUGGUCAUAGCUACUUCUAUUUACCUGUCCUAUAUACACCUUCAGGAAUAUAUGCUGUUAUGAUUGCUGUUGUUAAUGCUAUAUAUAGACUUAUAGCUAGAGAACUCAAUGAUUGGGAAAACCACCGUUUAGAAUCUUCAUACAAUAAUCAUUUUAUAGUUAAACUUGUUUUGUUUGACUUUGUUAAUUGUUUUAUGUCAUUAUUUUACGUGGCCUUUUAUCUACAAAAUAGAACAUUACUCAGAAGUCAUUUAGCCUGUUUGUUGAUAGCAUCUCAGUUAAUGGGACAAAUACAAGAGGCCAUGGUACCAUUUUUCUUUUUUAAACGACGAGAGAAACAGCUGAGUAAAGCUAUAACAAUGGUUGAAGAAUUAAAGCCAUUAGAUGAUAAAGCUGAAGAGAUAGAUAAAGGUGUAUUAAAGAGAAGUAUUGUUGAAGGUUCUAUGUCUGUUUAUGAUAGCACCAAUAAUGACUAUUUAGAACUAUUUCUACAGUUUGGUUAUGUUUUUCUCUUCUCUUCUGCCUUCCCACUUGCAGCAUUGUGGGCUUUACUGAACAAUGUCACUGAAAUCAGAUGUGAUGCCUUUAAGAUGUGUCGAGUUUCUCAAAGACCAUUUGCAGAAUCAGCUUCUAGUAUUGGGGCUUGGCAGGUAGCAUUUGAGGUGAUUGGUUUAAUGUCAGUAAUAACUAAUACUGCAUUGAUUGGUAUGGACCCUACUGUACAAGCAUUAUUACCAUCAGAUAUAUCAGCUGUUAAUAUGGUCAUCAUCUUUGUCAUUGUUGAGCAUUGUGUACUGGUUAUAAAAGGAGCUGUUGCUAUCUUCAUACCUGAUAUACCUAAAUGGGUUGAAUUAGAAAUAGCUAGAAAAGAAUAUAGAACUAAACAAGCAUUGCAGGCAGAGGUUUGUACAUCUUUCUAUCUUUGA